AUGCUCACCCUCCGUCCCCUCCCCCCGCUCACCCCUCGCGACUUCUCAAUGGCCCACCGCCGUGGCCGCUCCCGCCAGGUCUCCUCAACCGCACUCGCCCGCCAGGCUUCCGAGGAGCGUCGCUUUUUGUCGUGUGACGCCAUGUCCGAGAAAUGGGCCCUACCGCCACCUGUCGAGACGGAACGGACACAACAGGCGCUUGGACGCGCACACGACACGCCAUUUCCAAAUCGUCCCACACAGCCCGAUUCCAGCCCAUCUUUGUCCAAACACAGCGUCAACACACAUCAUUCCUCUUCCAUUCAUACCACCCACAUCCCGUCAGACGAGACCAUAAUUCCCAUCGUCUCGCCACUACCAAUGCGAGCUGCCUACGCACCGCCCUUCAUGCGCUCAGAGUCGCCCUCGCCACCCAGCUCGGCGUCAAUGUCACCCGACUACUACGACUCACCGCCCUCGCCCCCACGCUCGCUCGAGGACCAGGUACAUGUGGCAUAUGCUCUCGACGACAUCCACCUCGCCAAGAUUCUCCUAUUACGACUCAAGGGCAUCGAGGUCACCUCAGACGACGACCCACGGAUAGCAGCUGUGCAAGACGAAGACUUUGAUUUUUGCUUUGUGCCGAAUGGACGGCUCAUGGACGACAGAGAUGAGAUGAUGGUCAAGGAGAUGCAGGCACGCGAGGUGGAGCGGAUAGAGGAAUGCAGAAGACUAGAGAGACUGAGAACGUGUGAGCGAAAGUGGGAGGACGAGAAGCGGCGUAUGCGGGAGGAACGGUUAGCGGUCUUGCGAAGAAGAGAGAGGAGAAGAUUAGAGGAGGAAGAGCGGAAACGGAGAAAAGAAGAGCAGGAGAGGCGGCGGGCAGCAGAGGAGGAACGACGACGGGCGGCAAAAGCGGCUGAGAUCCAACGGGCAGCACAGCGAAGUCGCGCACGAGUAGAUCGCAAGGUCGUCAGCUACGAGCACCUCUCCAACGCCGCCAACACCCGCACCGUCCGACAGCAGGACCAUUUCGUCUACGACUUCAUGCCAGCGAGCUCGUCGUCGCGUGCGCACAAACCACGCACAUCACCCUCCCCGUCGGUGCCCAUACCCCUCAACACUCGACCCAUAUUCCCCGCGCAGACAUUCGACGACUCAUGUUCAAUACCCUUCACAGAUGUGCUUAGGAGCAUGGAGGGUGCUCUUUUUCCCAUCACCAACGAGGAGCGCAUACAGCGACAACGCUGUACCAGCCCCGUUACCAGCCGAUCACGAUCACGGACGCACAGCCAGCCGAAGCAGCAGCGGAGAGACGCACUGCUGCUCAACGCCCUUCUUGCCGAUAUCCAACGGAGCGACGAGGAGCGUAAGAACCGCAAGGGCAAGCAGCCCGCCGAGCCCCGCAGACCACUCCCAUGUCUCGCCUGUUCUUCCACCAGCCCCCUUUCCUCCCCAACCUCUACCAUUUCGUCUUCCUCGUCCUCCUCCGUACCGAGAACUUCAUCAUGGCUAUCAUUCCGCGGCGUAUCCUCUGCGUCAUCCUCGAGCACGGAUCUUACGACGCCUUCGUCGUCCCCUAUCAGCACCCCCAAAUCGGCGUGGUUCAUCUCUUCGAGGCCCAAGUCAUGGAUGUCUGGGUCGGGUCUCUCUGAUUCUUUCACCUCAUCACCCCCACGCCUACGUCAUUCAUGUCGACCACGAACCCGCUCUACCCCCAUCGCCCUCGCAGACGGCCCACUGCCUCUUCCACAACCGGUAAAGACCGCGCCGAUAUCGUACCCCGGGAGGCAGCGCAGCACCAGCCAGGUCAGGGCAGCGAAAGAGGGCGCUGGUGCUCUCGCGCGUCGCAUGUCCAAGUUCGUCGAGCUCGCGCGGGGGUUCCAGAACGCGUAUGUGACGGUGGCCCUGUUCAGCGUGGCGGCGUCGUGCGACUCGUUUGACGAUCGCGAUCCGCUGGCUUAUGAGGCAGAUUCGGCGAAGCAGGACACGCUGGCGGUCGCACAGGCGCCGAGACCUAAACUGCGACCGGCGGGAAGUCGAGCGUCUGUACAGGACGUCGCGAAGUUCCUCUGCCCGGUAGCGCCCGCUGUCGCCUCAAGUUCCGAUGAACGCUCGUCCUCCCCAUCCCACGACACUUCCGCCCCUUGCGAACCCCUACCACGCUACAUCCAACUCACCUGCCCCUUCCCUCCAACUGCACCUCCACGAACACCCCUCCCCGAUCCCCUGCCCUACAAACUCCACUUCCAGCCCAUCCCCACCCCAACACGCUCGCCCUUCCGCUUCCACGCGCUCUCUGAGCUGCACACCAUGUACCCCGCCUCCGAGCCCGAGCCGUGUCUCCUCUCCGCGGGGGUGGGUCAGAUAACAUGGCGGAUACGGAGCGUAGGCAACCCCGCGUACCUAAGGCUGAAGGCGUUGCAUAAUGUGGUGUGGAGGAGGGGGGUGAAGUGGGAGGGGUGUGGGCGCGAGACGGCGCUUGGGGGUGGGAGGGAAAGGGUGGUGGGUGUUGCCUAUGAGGGUGUGGGGAGGAGUUUGUUGAGUCGUGGGUCGGGGCAGCAGCAGCAGGCGCCCAUGUUGAUGAAUGGUUGUUAG